AUGUCGCUAAUAAUUUGGUUCUCUCAGAAUGAUGGAAACCGAGCAGCAAACGCCAAGCACUUAAUAAUAGUAGCCGGUCACUCGGUGGCAAUUUCAGGACAUCUCGAAGACGCGGGUCGCGAUGAGACCGACUGGUAUCUUUUGCCGUAUCAAAAGAAUCGUGGUCUUCCCGCUGCAAUAGUCGGCCACAUAAAUACAGGGUUGAAUGCUGCUGAGGAAGACGAGCAGAGCCUUCUCAUUUUUUCCGGUGGUGAGACCCGUGCCAGCACUGGGCCAGAGACUGAAGGCGCGAGUUACUACAGAGUUGCCGAUGCAAUGAAUUUAUGGCCCGAGAACUCAAGUGUACGCGCUCGAACAAUAUCUGAAGAAUUUGCCACAGACAGCUUUGAAAAUUUAAUGUUUUCUAUCUGUCGUUUCCAAGAGAUAACAGGGUCCUAUCCCGAAAAGGUCACUGUUGUCUCGUUCACAUUUAAGAAGCGUCGUUUUGAAGAGCUCCACGCACAGGCCUUGCAAUGGCCCAAACAAUCCUUUUCUUACAUUGGUGUCGACCCAGAAGCUAACACUGGAUUCAACCUCCAGGAAGCCGUUGUGGGAGAGCUUGAAAAUGCUGCUAAACCUUUUGAAAUCGAUCCUUACGGAUGCCACUCCCAAGUCCUUCAGGAAAAGCGACGAUCUCGAAAUCCUUUCAAAAGAACACCACCGUAUGAGCUUUCUUGCCCCGACAUGAAAGAGCUUCUCAGCUAUUGCGGUCCUGCAAUCAUACCUAAGUCCAAGGUUCCAUGGUAG